CAAAUUCGCUAACAAAGAAGAAUAAAACAAGGAUAAGACAAUGUACACCGGGACACAAUAUAAUUGUGAGCUUAGCAGCGCCCGUCACAGUCUACGGUGAGUUAGUUAGCUGGGGGUGGCUGUCAGCCAGAACUGGUUUUAUCCGUCUUGAAGGAGUUCACUAUCAACAUUUAGUUGGGCUGAAAUGAAGAUUCAAGUUCCACUACUGAUGGUGGCUGCGUCUUUGACAGCUCUAGUUGACGCUACAGGUCGAGGCGAGGCGACCACAACAAGUGGUGAUGGGUCAACCACAACGUCAGGAGGAUCAGGAAGAGGUGGCGAGGCCAAACCAGGCGGUGCUGAAGUGACGACAACAGGACCACCAGAUAAUUCAAGUCCGCCCAGGCCUGGACAGCAAACGAGUUCUGGAAUCACUUCAGGUCCAGGAGAUGCUCCAAGUUCUCCGUCAAGUGCCGCCGGAGGUCCGACAAAUCCGAGGGAUCCAUCCAGUACCGGAGGUCCCACAAAUCCGGGUGAUCCAUCUAGUACUGGAGGUCCGCCGAAUCCGAGGGAUCCAUCCAGUACUGGAGGUCCACCAAACCCGAGGGAUCCAUCCAGUCCUGGAGGUCCCACAAAUCCGGGUGAUUCAUCCAGAACUGGAGAUCCGACAACAUCCACGAAGUCAUCAAAUCCUUCCGACCCGACAGAUCCUAAGGAUCCAACAAACCCUGACGUAUCAACAUCAAAGACCCCUAAACAAAGCAAGCUGAAUAAGAAAACUCUCAUCAUGGGUGUUGUAUUUGGGGGUACUGCCGCUGUGGUAACUACCGUUGUGUUGGUAAUGGCGAUAAAGGCCGUUAUUACAGCAGGAAUGGGCGGAGGGGCGAAGGUGGCAGGUGCAGCGGGGGCAGCCUGAUAGAUCUCCCACUUGUCCAUAUAAUGCCUGGGUAAAGUUAUGUUCAAUAUUUGGAAUUUUUCUUAUCUUGAUGGUUGCGAUGUGUUAUUUUUCCGACGAUGUGUUGUGGCCCAGCGCGACGAUUCUCGUAAGUGAAUAGAAUAUGGUAUUUCAUUGUUUGUGUAUAAAACGACAACACUGAAACGAACUCGACUAAAACAAACAACCAACCCAACCCAAAACAGUUCCAUGUCAUAAGACAUAAAUUACAUUCCGUUAUAUCAGCAGUAUCGCCAUCAAAGAUGAUAUUUGAUCCAGGAGUAUUGGUAUUAAUAUGGAUGUGUCAAUUUUCCAUGUUUUUGACCUUACGCAGAUGAGGGGCAUUGCUUUUGGCUCAAUAACAUGGAACUAUUGAGUUGAUAAUAGAGAGUUUUUUCUCUCACAAUUCGGUUAUUCUGAUCGUAGCAAAUCCAAACACUCUUUUCAACAUUUCUUAUCAAACAAAAUGUAAUGUAUUACCAUGGAACGACUUUGUUCUGCUGUGUACUAGUUUGUACAGUUUUGUGUUAUGGCUACACAAGUGCCUUAAGUGACGUAAGCUGACGUAAAUCUAUAAUGAGGACAUUAUUAAAGUCAGCUAUAUCAUGGCCAUCUGCCACUCUUUAUCGACAUCGUCUGUAUACAAAUCCAGCUUUGAAGCCGGUGGAACCGCUGACCCGCAGCAGGGAUUUUGUUUCGUGGAGACAACAAAUUUAAUAACGUUUGUUAACAAUUUAAAAAUAGAUCAAAGGCUGUCAUAAGUACCAGAGCUGAAACUUGUCCCUUGUACCUUUACAUGUACAGAAACGAUCAAAUACUUGUUUCGUGUUUGUCAAUUUGGCUUCAAUUAUUUAUGGUAUUAUUUCCUAGAAAUUAUUGAUGUAGUUGAAUCGAUGACGAGGUAGAAACCAUUCAUGGAUAAAACUCCCCUAUUACACUUAACAAAACAUGCUGUUAUCUCUACAUUGUGACCGGUUUGUAAUCCGUCAACUUCUGAGAAAUGCCUUUCGGCCAAUUGAGCUUCAGUGAAUUUGCACGUUCUAUUUAUUUGUCACCAAACAUUUAUGCACGUUGUUAUACAACAUUGUCCACCUAAUGAAUAUAUUGCUAUACUGAAGAUAAAACGAGGGAGCACACAGCAGGAAUAUACUACUUCCCUCAAUAAAGCCCAUUGAUAUAACAUUAGUGAUUUGAAUGUUCCCGUGUAUACGUUCCCCUAUUUCUCGCCAUAAGUAUAUACAAUGUGGUUCAUACGUAAACAAUUUAUCAGUGCUGUCAAAUUGUAUCUCACUUCUCAGGAUGCCACCGGACAUCAUAUGUAACCUUCACAGGAACACUUUGCAAACAUUUCACAGAAAUAUCUACUUUUAGUCACUGGAAAUACAGCACACAAAUUCUAAUGUUUUAUGCACUCUAUUAGAUGCCCUUUGUUUUUGACAAAGAUAAACCGUUCUUUAACCCUGUAUUAUAUAUACAAUCGAGCAAUACAUAUGUUUCUACUAUGUGCUUCAGUGACACAUUUGGGACUAAAACGCCGUUUUCAACAUCACGUUAGUAACAUCGCAUAAAGUUUAAAGUAUUGAUCUAUAACGCUGUCAGACACGGAUUCACACGCAUGUUAUGUUAACAUACUAAUCGCGGCGAAUCUGAUAUUUCAACACACCAGUGGAUUCUGUUAGACCGUGAACUAGUUGAGAUUGGUUGAUCACUCAGGUGCAAUGUUUCAGACCGGUAACCAGAGAAUGUUCAGACCGCAGCUAGACAAACGUCACGGUGAAUACAUUUAGCCUGUUAAAUGUGGAUGUGAACUUGGUGGUCCACGAAGGUACGCCGGUGGGCUUGGUUAGACUUCUACGUGAAGGUAAACAGGUUUUGAUAGUUUGACUAGUAGGUACCAUAUAUCAGACUGGUUACACGUGAAAAGGCAACCCGUUUGGACUGGUUAACCAUGAACAAAAACUAUUUCAGAAGGUGUGCUAGUUUAGAAUUGUUAAAACUGAAGGUGAACUAGUUUAGAGUGGUUAUCCGUGAAGGUGAAGCAGUUUAGGCUUUGUUAUCCGUGAAGGUGAACCAGUUUAGACUUGUUUUACGUGAAGGUGAACCAGUUUAGACCGUUUGAUCUUGAAGGUAUCCUAAAUCAGACUGGUCAGCUGUGAAAAUGAACUGGUUUAUACUGAUUAACCCUGAAAGUGAAACGCAUAAGCACAACUCCUGUAGCGUAUGGCUGCAUGUUUCACAACAACCUCCUACUUGUGCACUGUAUAGAAUGUCGCCAUUGAAGUCCCGGUGAUCGAAAAAACUGCAGGUGUUCCAGGUCAGUUGAGAAAGAAAGAGUCAGGAAUAUAAAGAAAGGCAUUGAUCACAUCCACUUAGCUGUGGUUACAACAUGCGUAAACAGAUCAAUGAUAACACAAGUUGAUCGGCACUUGUGUAAUACAAAUACUGCAUUGUAGGGAUGUAUUGAUGUUUUAGAUGAGAUAUACACCUUGUUGUGCGACAUUUUACCACGUAUAUAAUAUCACGUGAGUUGAGCAAAUUUUUUUGUGCGACACAAUAGAUAGCAACAAUUUUCUUAGUUCACGUAAAAUUGUUGUCAUUUAGUCAUUUACAGUAUUUUGAUGUGUAGAUAGAUAUUCACUAUAAUGUGAUGUACUUGUUACUUUUUAUGUUUUUCAUCAAAUUGUGAUAAAAAGCUCAGUGUGAUAUCUCUUGAAAUGUAUCUUAGUUUUAAACCUAAACCUAUUAUUUUGUGAGGAAGUUCAAUAAAUACAUUAUGCUUAAAAUAUAUUUUGUGAUACAGUCAACAUGACACGUGUGAUAUUUGUAUUUAUACACCUCAGAAUGUUCACUAGAUUUGACCUUUAACAGUUGAUUUCUUGUAAAAGCUUCAUCAGUUGUUCCUUCUUCAUAUGAUUGUACAUUAAAGAUUAAUUAAAUGAUAA